CCCCCCGUCAUUUCUCUUUUCGCCCCCCUUUUUUUGCCUUCCCCCUAUCGCCUCCCACACCCCAUCCAUCCCGUUUCUCUUCCACUGGGGCUCUUCGGCGGCCAUGCGGCCGGUCCCGGGCGAGCGGCUCUAAGUCGCCCCUCGCCCGAAUGGCCCCGCGGAGCCGCGGGCGGAUGGAGCCGAGCUACGUCGUGGGUAUCUGCUGCCUGGUGCUGCUGGAGCCGGGCCGGGUGUGGAGCGGCGAGAGCAGCACCGGGGCGCCAGGUGAGAGCGGGAACGGCAGCCAGGUACCGGCGGUGGAGACCACGGCCCCGGCGCCCACCGGGGCGGCACCACCGGGUGGGGAUCGCUGCCGCGGUUACUACGACGUGAUGGGGCAGUGGGACCCGCCGUUCAACUGCAACGCCGGCAUCUACCAGUACUGCUGCGGGACCUGCGGGUACCGCUUCUGCUGCCAGUUCAAGCCCGGGCGUCUGGACCAGAGCGGCUGCUCCAACUACGACACCCCCAAUUGGGUUAACACGGGCCAGCCACCCACCCGGGUGGACGAGACCCCCGAGGACCCCACUCGUGACAGGACCAACAUGAUCGUCUACAUCAUCUGCGGCGUGGUGGCCAUCAUGGUGCUGGUGGGCAUCUUCACCAAGCUGGGCCUGGAGAAGGCACAAGGUCCCCAGACGGAGAUGACCGUCUCCAGGACACUGACGGACCUGCUGAAGCAGCCAGGUCAUGGCCCCUCCGAGCACAUGGAUGGCCUCAUGGGAGGCAUACAGGUCCCGCUGGGUGAGGGUCUGGCCCGCGGGUCCCCCCGGAACGACGCAGACAAGCCACCCUUGAACAACGCUGUGACCAUUGCCCCCCCGCUGGGGCGGCCCCAUGGCCAUGGCAAGCGCCUGCCCCUGACCAGCAGCCUGGGCCUGUCGGCCCCUGCCUACGCUGCCUACACCACCCUCAAGGCUGGAGAGCACAGGAUCCCACAUGGACCCCACUGCACUCCACAGCCAAUGAAGGCUCAGGAUCCCCUAUGAUCCACUGCAGUCCCCAGCCAACUAGAGCUCUGGACCCCUUAGGAUCAUCUGCUUCCUUCAGACAACCAGAGUUCAGGAUCCCACAUAGACCCACUGCACUCUCCAUCCAAUCAGCAUCCAGGAUCCCACACACACACAUGCAGCACUGUCCACCCAAUCAGAACCCAGGAUCCCCCAUUACCCUACAGCACUUCCCAGCCAAUCUGUGUCCAAGAUCCCCCGCUCCCCAGCCAAUCAUCACACGGGAUCCCUCCCGCCCCACUCCCUAUCCCCACAGAGAGCGCCCCCGAGGACUUCUACCUGCGGCUGGGGGGCCCGGAGUCUGCCCCCUCCGGCACGCUGCCCUUCCCGCACGCCGAGGCGCCCGUGCUGCCCGAGGGCUGCCCGCUGCCCAAGGCCAAGCUGCCGGGGGGCCCGGCCUUCCCG